AUGGAGGCUGAUGACAUACCUGGUCCCCGACCUUCGAAAGCCGUAUCACAUGCUUGCCUGCAAUGUCGCAAGGUUAAGAUGAAGUGCCACAAGACGGCGCAAGACACGCGGUGUGUUAGAUGUACGCGGAAGUCAUUGCAGUGUGAUUUCCUUGGACAUCGGCGCGGUCGAAAGCGCGGCUUCAAAUUGCAGAACCACAGUUCAAGGGGCCAAGAAAACGCUGCAACGACAUCAGCGAACGGUGAGGCAGUUACUAAACCCUCAGAGACAUCAAACUUAUUAGCUCAACAUGUUGAGCAUGACAUUGCUGUAGCGGGUGAUGCGGAUGCCUUGACAGAUGCACGCGGCGCUCGAAGGCCAACUUCUAGACCACGUACUCGACCCCAGUCAACGCGACGUUCAGGUCAAGAGUUCUGGACGCAAAACGACGGCUUUCGACCUUCUGAUAUCCUUAGUCGGCAGGCUACAAGAGGAGACUUCUCUUUGCAAAACGUGCUAAGUACCGAACACGAACAUGCGGCUGAACAAAGGAUACAGGGCAUCUCAGACGAUGACCUUAUCGACAAAGGCCUGGUCAACUUUCAUGUUGCUACCUCGCUGUUCGAUGGGUUCAUGAAGCACCUUAAUCCUUUUAUCAGUCAACUAGACCCUUCCCUACAUACCUUCCGGUACGUCCGGGAGACGUCAUCGUUCCUCUUGGCCGCUGUCCUGGCGGUAGCUGCUAAGUUAUUGCACCCCUCGCUACAUAAGUCUUUACUUUCUCAUGCUGAAGGGCUCUUCCUGGAGAGUUUUCGCUGUGGUUCGAAGUCACCGGAGACCGUACAAGCAAUACUUAUCCUAACAUAUUGGAAGGAUCCCCACGAUAACCGCGCAUGGUUAUCUGUAGGUUAUGCUAUUAGGAUGGCCAUCGAGCUUGGUUGGCAACAUCUUGGAAAUGAUGGAAUGAGAGCCCCGGAGAAUACGUCUGACCGUCAAGCGAUGCAUUUCAGGAACAUAGAGAGAACCUGGCUGGUAUUGUUUGUCUAUGAUCGAAGCAUAAGUCUGCAGACCGGCAAACCUUGGAUGAUCGAAAGGAGCAGCUAUCUGGAAUCAGUGAGUAAGUGGCAUUUACACGCUCUUGAAGUGGCCAACGACCGGUUGCUUUGCGCAUUCGUUUCGCUCCGCCUUAUCACUUCCACCCAUUUCGAGAUGGUGACGACACAAUAUGCUCAAAAUCAACGCCACGAACCCUCGCAGUAUCGAUCUUUGCUGCGUUUGCUUGACCGACAGAUCAUUGAUUGGCAAAAGAGAUGGACCGAGACAGUUUCUGAUCAGGGCGAGGAUUGUCAUGCUUUUUUAAUCCCAUUCUACGGCAGCUACGCACGACUGCUCUUGUUUACUUUCUCGCUGCGCGCAUCGGUUAGACUGAGGGAUAUCGUGACUUCCGUCGAUACAGAGGCAAUUUGGAACAGCUGCUCGAGCGCACUGGAUAUGCUCAAGCUCGUAUCUGAACCUUCGGCAUCUCAGCUGGUGUACUUUGCGCAAGACUCCGUCCAUGUCAUGAUCGCUUACGCAACGGUAUUUCUUAUCAAGCUCUUACUCUCAGCACCAGCAUACAUCCGGAUCGAAAUGGAACUACCAGCCUUGGACAGCAUUCGCAAUACAGCAGAAAUAUUUGCCACACUUCGAGCACCGGCCGGCACGAGCUGCUCAUUGCAAGCAGCGUUCUUACGCAAUGCUCUGAUUGAAUACGAAGCAAUCAAGGCACGUCGCACAUCACGCUCGCACAUACCCACCGCACCCGCCGCGACUGCCGCACCCGUUGACCUUGCGGCCCCCCGCUAUUCGCCCACUUAUGCGCAAGAUAUGCAAAGACCUGAUGCCACUUCAGCCUGCGAUGAUCGGGGCACCAUUGAUUUUGCAUCGGAAGAAGCAUCAGCCUUCGAUAUGGGCUUUAUAAACGACGAAGCCUGGGUCCACAUGUUUGCUAACGCUGGAUUCAACAUUGGUCAGGGUGUAUUUUUGUUACCGAGCUGA